AUGGCCGGCACAAAGAGGAUACGCCUGAAUACCUGGAGCCCCUCACAACCACCGACACCCAUCGGCGACUGCAGGCUGAAACGCGAGUCAAUGUUUGAGCUGCCCGCCGACAUUGGCCGCAUCUCAGCUAUCGCCACCUGGUCUCCCAAAUCCAGCGACCCAUCGAUCUCUGUUGGUACCGAAGCAGGUGCAGUCAUCCUGGUCACAAACACAGGGUCAUCGACUGUACUAGAAACUACUGGGCCUGCGGUCUUGUGCUUGAUGAUGAAGCACGCUUCCUGGUCCAACCCCCACGUCCCCGACAUCGUCUCCGGCGACUGUGAGGGCCGGGUCACAGUAUUUUCGAUGAACCAGGUGUUCUCGCGCUCGAUCCUAUCCGCACCUAUCUCAGCCAUUGCGCCCAAUAGCAACCCGAAUUCUGCCAACAGCCUUGUUGUUGGUGACCUGAAUGGCGUCGUCACUGCGUGCCAUGCACAGGAGACGCUCUGGCGCACGCAGAUCAGGCCGCAUGUGUCUUCAGCAAUGAUCCCCAGCACCUCGACUCUGCUCAAUGACCCAAUGAUCACCGCUGUAUGCUCAUCUCAGUUUCCCGACAAGCACGGCGUGCUGACCAGCUACGUCUUGGCUGCAACAGGCACCAGCCAGAUCAGCAUUCUAGCGCGCGGCACUCCUAUGUGCACCGGGUCGUUUAUCCAGCCAUCAACUGCCUCGGGGUCGCAAGUGAUGGCGGGCGAUGAGAGCGGUCGGCUAUUCGUGCUGGACAACUUUGAGCUCAUUCCAUACAUAAGUGUCCCGCACCCUAUUACUCGGAUACUGGCUAUUCCACUCAGUGCCUUCUCGGACAAGCCUGGGCCCGAUGUCAUUAUUGUGCACACGCUCGAGCUUGGGUUCUGGCCAGUGGCUAGAACAGGGCUUGAGGAUGAUGCUAGUGCACCCGUCGGCGCCCUGCACAUAUACUCGCUGAAUGCACUAGACUCUCCCGAGCCUAGCGUUGUGGCGCUGCCCAAUAUCAUGUAUGUCGACGAGCCCACAGUCAUAUCACAGAGCACCAGCACGCCAUCACGCGACCCGGUGAGCAAAAAGUAA